GUGUUUUCAGCUCUGGCUGUCAUGCAGGUGGAAUUUGCGUCUUGGCUUCUCACUCUGCACUGGGGCACAACAGCAACUGACCAUCAGAUUCAGAGGAUUAGUGAUUUCCUAUUAGAUUUUAGACAUGAUUAAUUCUCCAUUUGCUGUUAAUCCGCUUUCCUACUGGCAUAUGAUGCUAAACUAACAAGGGUGUUAUUAUUGCUGCUGCUGCUGCGCACCUGAGGAUGGACAUUGGAUCUAAAAGAAAUCAACAGAAGACUGUUUUUGUCUUGUCACUGCGUAAUUCUUGCCAUUUUAAGUAAAUGGUGCAACGCGUUUAAUAGAAUGACUUUCUAGAAAAUGAACGAGUGGUGAGAAUGGGCUCUGUAAGCGCGUGUGAAUGAUCCUGGUCUGAAACCAGCCUUCCAGCAUCGACCUUACAACACGAUCUUAGAAAUCGUCGUGAAAGCGGUUCUUGAUUAUUUUUUUUUUAAGACCACAUUAUCAUCAUCAUGGAAGAAGUUAGUGGCAGUGAAUGUGUGCCCGAUCUGAAGGAGCUGGAAGUGAAGGUAGGGAGGAAGACGCCUGAAGGUUUGCUCAGGUGGAUGCGGCAGGAAGCAGCGCAACGCGGCGAGACGAGCAAAGUCAUCCGGCACGAGAGCGCAGAGUGCGGGGAACAUGGACUGGAUGAGAAGAUCAGGAAACUCAAAGUCGAGAUGGCUCAUCUUCGGGCGGUUGAUGUGAAAAUCCUGCAACAACUUGUGGCACUGCACGAGGGAAUCGAGGCAGCAAAAUGGCUUAUGGAAGAGCGUGGCAUGCUGACCAGCCACUGUAGCAGUCUGACAGGCAGUCAAUACAGCCUGGGAGGCAGCUGGAGCAGCCUACAUGAGCCUCAUGACAAGCUAGACAACAUCUCCAUUGGCAGUUAUCUGGACACACUGGCUGAUGAUCUGGAUGAGUACUGCACCUCCAGUGGGGCAGAGUCUGUGCUCUGCUCUGCCCCACCAUUGUGCACAGACAACUCUAAAUCCUCUACCAUGAAACCCAGUGGCCCCAAAGAGGACGUGAGGCCUUCCACCAAUGACACAAGGUCUUCCAACAAUGACUCUAAUCAAGAAGAAGCCAGUAAGAGUAAUGGAGUUAAUACUGGUGUCCUGGAUAGUGCAGUUUUAAAACAAGACACAGACUCUCCCAAAGCUCUUGCUGCUGAGAAGCUGGCUAAGACUUUGAGUCCUAAGGGAAAGAUAUAUAAGAAUGGCAAAGUGGAGCUAGAAAGCUGCAAAAUGAAUGGCAAAGUGCACUUGGAGUAUGACGCACACUGGCGCUGGGUGCAGUCACAGGAUGAUGUGACAUUUUUGUAAAGGUUUAUAAGAUCCCGCUAAAGUUGCUGAUUAUAUUUUGGACUUCGGAGCCUUAUCGGACAGACUGAUUUUACUCUUGGAUCGGUUCACAAAGUAUAUCCUAACAUAAUUUUAAACUGAGAUAUGAUGUCAAAGAUCCCAAGGGGCCAAAGCUUAAAAAGCAUGAUGUUUAUAUUUGUCUUUACAAUCAUUUAUCUGUACAGAUGUUUAUCUAUCAUGCUCAGCCAUUCCCAUGCCUGGUGCUAGAAUAGCUUUGCCUUGUUACAACUUAGUGCUUUUCUUGUUCUAAUACUUUUACAACGACUCAGGAAGGACCUGGUAAUUAUGUGAUUAGUUGGACGUGUGUAGUGCAGGAAAACUAGCGGAAAUGCACGAAAGGUAAACACCAGGACUAGAGCUGGGAAUUGCUUAUUGCAGCAUUUUAUGAGUGAGUGUAGAAUCUGGUCUAGCAGUAGUUUCUCCAGUUUCUUUAAAUAUUUCUUUCAGAUAGUGUUUGAUAAACACAAGCAUUUUCAGUGUUGAUAUCCGAUGUUAAUAUUCAGUUUUGAUUAUUAGAAUUUCCUCUUUUUUUUGGACCAAUAUAAAUUCAGCCUUUUUUUUUAAAGUGCUUUAGUUAAAAUAACCAGGUAAAUAAUCACUAUAAGAAAAAUAAUACAUUUUUAUUUUUCUGAAUAAGGAGCCCAAAAGACUCAGAUAGGAAUAUCUGCAAGUUGAAAUGUAUUAAGUAUUUUAGAGAGGACCAAAGUUUUUAGCUAUAAUAACACAAGAUAUUAUAGUGAUAUUUUUCUAUUUAUAUCAAGGUUUAAAUAUAAAUAUAAUAGAAAGAAUACGGCGAGUUUAUCAAACUGUUAUCGAACUGUUUAUCAGUUGAUAUCACGUAUUCAAUUAAUGCAUAUUAAUAUUAUUUUUGCAACAGUACAUUGUGGAAAACCAAUGCUCAGACUAUCAGGCUCCAGGUUGGAAUAUGCAAAUAGAAAAGAGAAUAAAAUCUACGUAUUUUAGCAAAAAAACUGUUUAAUAACUAAAGUUCGAGAUUGAAGGUCAUGAAAGGUCUUAAAUAUUGCUGUACUGGUAGAUUAGAAAUUAUUUAUUUGUAAAGACACCACAAACUGCAACAAAAAAAAAUCAAAGAGCAAAUUUUAUCUGUACAGCAUCGUGCAGUCAGGAUGAUUUCAUUGUGAACAUUAAACUGUUAAAUAUGCACCUAUGUGAAAAUGCUUGUGCAAUAUGAUGAAAUGUAUAAUCAGUGAUUUUAAAUAUAUAUGUGCGUAAUGAAUCGAUUCUGAUAAAUGUGGCCUGUUGAUUUUACGCUGGAUAAUGUAAAAGCAUUGUGACCAACUCUUAUGCAACCAUGUGUUAGUAUAGAGGUCCAUUAUUGUAGUGAGAUCAUUCUGAUUGUGAAUGUAGAGAUCUGAAUGCAUGAACAUGUGUUGGUUUGUGUAUUUGAGUGGUCACACUGCUGUGAAUUCUGCAUUAAAGAAAUAGUAAUAAUAAUUUUUGAAAAAACAAAUUAAUUAAAUGCAGUUUUGAUUUUCAUGUUAACCCAUAUUAGUGCCGCUGGAUGUGGUUUUGCCUGUUUAACUUAUGCAAAGAGAACUGCACUUCUGUAAUAGUUUUAUGUAAAGAGGCUAUAAAUACUAUUUGACAUUUAACGUGUUACCUAAUAAAUGGUGAUGUCUGA